AUGGCCAAUUUGCAAAUCGGCAACAUGCAGGGAUUGCCAACCGAGCUUACCUCAUUCCUGACAACAUUGCAGGCACAAAUCAUGAAUGUGCAAAACAGAACCGACCAGUUGGAGCGACUUGCAGCAGAGAAUGCAAGACUAACUACUGAAUUAGACCAUGCUAGAACAACAAUUGCUAAUCUGCAGAAGCAAUUAGGAUCUCAGAAUGCACCUGAAAAAAACUUUUCAGAAAUUUCACUUUCGAACCCAGCCGGCGCAGUAGGUGCUCCUGACAAAAACAAAGAACCAGGUCUGGAAGCCUCCACUUGGGCUAGUAAAGCCAGUGUUUCUCUUCCUGUAACUGCCCCAAAAAUGUCUACUGUUCCCUCUGCUCGCCGUAUUGCAGCUUCUGUUCGUAUGUUUGCUCUUCCCUCUGGUCCUUCAGGUUAUGAAUAUGUUUAUAUUCCAAGAUCAAGACGCCUUAAGCACAAAGAAGUCUGUUCCUCUCUCCGCACUCUUGGUGUGGAUUCUUCUCGACUUUUGGACAUUAACUUCCCAGCCAGAGGUGUCAUUGGCAUCCUUGUUCAUGUCCAGUAUGCUGAUACAUUUAAGGCCAAAUUGACAACUGCUUCUGUUGAGAUUUUGGACGCAUUUGAUCCACUUGACCCUGAUAAUGUUGCUGAUCCCAAGUAUGCAUCUCUGUCCACUCAUGAACUUGCCAACACUGCUGCCAUGCUUCACCAUGAUAGAUGUCUUCAAGCCCUACAGUUCUUGCGCCCACACGUUGCUAUCCCAGUUGGUCACUUCUUUUGUGAGGAAGGGUGGAUCAGUGAAGAUGAAAUACCAACACGUACUACUCUUACCAAUGCUGCUGGUGGGUCUUUGUUCAAACGUCAGCGCAGCUCAUCAGUCACUAUGUCUGAAUGA